AUGAAGAUUCUGUGUUGGAAUGUCAGGGGGUUUAAUGCCCCUGACAAGCACUCUGCAGUGCUAAAGAAAGUUCGUCGGUUACAUUUGGAUAUAAUAGCUAUUAUAGAGACUAGAGUAGCAGAAGCUAAUAGUGUAGGUAUACUUACUAAACAGUUUAGUCAGUUGCAAAACAUGAACAACUACCCCAAAUCCCCUAAUGGUCGAGUCUGGUUACUUUGGAAGGAGGGUUUGAAGAUAACAAAAGUUGAGGAUGGCAAGCAUUUUCUGAAGGUGAAAGUUUGGGGAGUGAUUCCAUUUAUGCUUAUGGUGGUAUAUAGUCCGAAUAAGGAGGUUGAGAGGUCAGCUUUGUAUAAGGAUCUGCUUUCACAUAAGGACAGCCUACCUAUGGUUGUAUUUGGAGAUUUUAAUGCAGUUUUGUCUCCAAGGGAGACAUCCAAUCUUGAUGUUAUGAAUCCCAGCAUGGUUGAGUUCCAGACCUAG